CGUACCUCAUCCCGGACAGCAACGAGUACUGUUGUUGCAGCAAAGAAGUUUCGGAUAUUCCGUAGCCGCAGCAGUCACCGCGCAUCCGAACGUACAAAAAUCCCCGGAGCUAAAUCGCAAGGAUAAUGGCAUCCGUUACAUCGAAAACUCCCAUGCUCCGUGCCGCAGCGGCUCGCGGUUACGCCGCGCACGCACAGGCUGCUGCCGCUUCCCGUGGUUCGGGCGAGGUGCAAACGACCACUCUUCCGAACAAGCUGGUGGUUGCUUCUGCGGAACCGAACGCUGCAGUGUCCCGGAUCUCCAUCAUCUUCCGCGCUGGAUCCCGCAAUGAAACUGGUGACAGUCUCGGAGCAGCCCACGUUCUGCGUGCCGCCGGUGGCCUCUCGACCAAGACGGCAACAGCCUUCGGUAUAACUCGCAACAUUCAGCAGGCAGGUGGAUCUCUUACCACGAGCGCGGAUCGUGAAGUCGUCACCUAUAGCGUCGCGGUGACGAAGGACCAUCUGGAAACGGGUCUGAAGUACCUCGAGGCAACUGCCACUGGUCAGGUGUUCAAGCCCUGGGAGCUGGCCGAACUGACGCCAGUAAUCCGCAAUGAGUUGGCACGCCUCCCGUCCGAGGUGCAAGCCGUGGAUCUGUUGCACAAGGCAGCAUUCCGUGGUGGUCUGGGCAAUUCCGUAUUUUGCCCGGACUAUCUCGUCGGCAAGCACUCAUCGGAAACGAUGCAGCACUACUUUGCCGCCAACUGUACGACAAACCGCGCUGCGGUUGCCGGCGUUGGUGUUGACCACCAGCUGCUUGUCGGAUUCGCUCAAAGUCUCGCGCUUGAGUCGGGAGCUGGCAGCGCCAACAAGUCCACCUUCAACACCGGCGAGGUGCGCCGUGACGGAGCCGGAUCGCGGGCGGCCGUUGCCGUCGCUGCCCAGGCCGUCGGUUGGGAUUCGUUGAAGGAAGCGACGGCUUUCUGGGUGCUGCAUCAUGCCGCUGGCCUCGGACCGGUCACGAAGCGUGGCGCUAACAAUGGUGUCCUCACGAAGGCACUUGGGGAUGUCAACUGCAGCAGCCUCUUCAACGGAUACAGCGAUAAUGGUCUGUUCGGAUUUAUCGUUUCUGGGGAUGCCAAGAACGCUGGAAAAGCCGUUGAAGCUGGCGCGAAGGCACUGAAGUCUCUUUCGGUUAGCGAUGCAGAUGUCGCGCGCGGUAAGGCAUUGACUCUGCUCAACUUGGCUGAGGCUACCGAGAACCACAGCUCCCUGCUCACCCAGCUGGGUGAUGAAGCGGCCUUGCUGGGACAGGUUUACAAGCAGAGUGACCUGAUCGCUGCCGUCAACUCCGUCUCGACCAGUGAUGUGCAGGCUGCCGCCCGAAAAGUCGCCUCAAGCAAGCUUGCCAUCGGUGCCGUUGGCAAUUUGGCCCACGUUCCCCAUCUCUGCGAGCUUCAUUAAAUCCACCCACCCAGCUAGCGGCCUCCCAUCAGCAAAGCAACUGGCUCGCUUACCCACAUGCAAAUAGAUCCGGAGACUUUCAAAAGGUUCUUUCGUUUUCGUGUCUCUCUGUCUUCUUGUCAAAACCACCAAAAGCCAGCUAUACAUGAGAGAAACGCAAUAAGCAUAGCAAAAAAUUGUAGUUCAAUUCCAACCUUGUUUCAUAUCCCAACCGAUGAGCAAAGAAAACGACUUCGAGCAGAACGAACUGUUGGUGAUGAUGGUUGGAAAUAUUAAGGAUCAUCAGUAUCUUCAGCAGCGCAAGAACAGCGGGAAUAGUAGCAGUGACGUAGAUUGACUCGGCUACCCUAUUGAUGUGUUUUACUGUUCAAGAAACAACCAACCAAACCGAAUGACCGAUUGGUGCAAAACGUUAUUCAAUAAAUAGGAUAA